AUGGAGACGUUUUCUGCCCUCAAGUUGCUUGAGGAAGUUUAUAUGACAACUAUGGAUAGAAAGGAUGAGGGGAAAGGAGACAGUGAGAAGCAAGACAGAUGUGGCAGCACUGCAAGAGAAAAGAGCUCCGGAGAACCCCUGUGUGGGUGGUCACUUUCCUCCUGCAGCAGAGAAUGGAAAGUCACUAGUAGGAUGUGUUACCAUGAGGAUGACCUUCUUGUGUGGGAGUCAACCAUAAGUGUGAACUCUGGGGGCCACAGAGCUGCUGGAAGUAGCAAGAGUUCACAGGUUGACCUGGAGGCUUCCCAGCCAGGGGAAUUCACACCUUCCCAAGGAGACCCUCAGAGGGGUGGGGCUAGCUCCUAUAAAAGCAGAGCAUCCUUCAGCUCAGAAGCACUGCUUUCAGUGGCACUGAAAUCCCUUCCUCUUGGUUGCUGCAGAAAAGAAGCAGUUGGAGAGAGAAGAAUGGCUGCUGCUGGGGAAAAGGUUCAGAGACUGCAGAAGGAAAUCACCUGUGGUACCUGUAGGAGGAACUUCUCUGAGGCAGUCACCAUGGAGUGUAGGCACAGCUUUUGCCAAGCAUGUCUCAACUUGAGCUGUAUAGUUGGAGCUGCCAAGUUCUCUUGUCCCGAAUGCAAGCAAGUGCCCCAGGUCAGGGAAUUCCCAGUAGUCACUGGGGGCCUGGCACAGCUGACUGAGGUGGGCAAAGAUAUCAGCUGCCACCCUUUGCAGAGUGCUGAAGGACAGAGCCAGUGUGCCACUCACAAGGAAGUCCUCAAGCUCUUCUGUGAAGAUGACCAGACAGCCAUCUGUGUGAGAUGUUCCACAAGCCCAGAGCAUGGGGCUCACGUGCUCUCUCCUAUAGAAGAGGCUGUUCACAGAUGCAGGGAGAAGCUCCAGCACAUCUUGAGUCAGGUGGAGAAGCAUUUGGAGGAGGGUAAGAAACUUCUUGCCCAGGAGGAAGAUCCUGCUGUCGCCUGGGAUGAGAUGAUCAGAAAAGAAUAUUGCCGACUGAACAGAAUCCUGAAGGAGGAAUUUCAGUGUCUUAAAGAGAGAAGGGAAGAGAAAAAGACAAGCCAGGACAGACCAUGCCAGGAUAUAGAGACCCUUAAGCACCUUAUGCUGGAUCUGCAGGAAGCAUGCCACCAACCCAAUGCGGACCUGCUACAGGAUGUCAAGCAGCUGCUGGGAAGGAGUGAGUCAGUGUUGUCCCAAAGGGUCAAGGCUGUCACCCCAGAGAUGAGAGACUGUGUCAUCCCAGGCAUGGUAGACUUGCUGAGCCAAUUCAGAGUGGACAUCACAAUGGAUCCCACAUCAGCUAGUCCCUCUGUGAUUGUUUCUGAGGAUCUGAAGAGUGUGAAGGCUGCAGAAGACUGGCAGGUGGACCCUGAGAAUGCUGACUACUGUCCUUUGCAGUACGUCUUUGCUGAGCAGGCCUUCAGUGGAGGCAGACAUUACUGGGAGGUGGAUGUGAGUCAACUACCUCAGUGGAUACUGGGGAUCCAGGCUCCAAACAGAAGGAGUGGCAGAAGGAGUGCAUACUCCCUUUCCUCUAAGUUCCUGCUUCGAUGUGUCAAGAUAGGAGAUGAUUCCUAUUUGCAAUCCUGUCCAGGAUCACUGAACCAUCGAGUGAAAAGUCCUGUGGCCAGGGUCGGGGUCUACCUGGAUUACAUGCCUGGCUAUCUAGUCUUUUAUAACGUUCUCCAGCGCUCCCUUAUCUAUAGGUUCUUUCCUAUACUUUUCACAGACCUCGUCAAACCACUUUUCUUCCCCGGUCCCCUACUUGCAGGAACAGAGGCUGGUCCCAUGACUCUCUGUCCGGUUGAACCUCGUAUCUGUGAUUGCCACUAUCGAACCCUUUGA